GGCCACUAGAGGGCGCGGAGCGGGCCGCAGAGACCCCUGAGCCGCGUUAUGGCGGCGGCGCGGGUGCUUCUGUCCGGGCGCCCGGAGUCGGUGAGCUUCGCGCAGAGCGUGUGUGACCUCCUGGGCGCCGGGCCGGGGCUCGGGCCGUGGCCCACGUACUGCGGCCUCAAGCGGGGACAACUCGUCCUCUCGGACAGGCCGUUCCCAGGCGCCUCCGCCAGGCUUCCGCUCCAGCGACCCCCUUUCUGCCCUUUUCCGGCCCUGGAUCAGCAGCCCAGGGCUCCUGGGGCCGAGCUGCCCACGAAUCGAGGUGUGGAUCUGGCUGUGGCGGUCGUUCUGCAGUCCAGCGAUCAGACUGUCUUGUUGACCCGAAGGACACGCACUCUCAACGUUUCCCCCAACCUCUGGGUACCCCCAGGUGGGCACGUGGAACCUGAUGAAGAGCUGCUGGACGGAGGACUUCGAGAGCUUUGGGAGGAGAGUGGACUACAGCUGCCCCAGGGCCAGUUCUUUUGGGUCCCUCUGGGGUUAUGGGAGUCUGCCUACCCUCCUAGGCUGAGCUGGGGUCUCCCCAAAUACCAUCACAUCAUUCUCUAUCUACUUGUCAUCUCCCAGGAGUCACAGCAGCAGCUACAGGCCCGGAUCCAACCAAACCCAAGGGAGGUGAGCGCCCUUAUGUGGCUGGGACCAGAUGUAGCAGCUGCGGUGGCUGCCACAGAGGAUGGGACAGAGACACCCAGACAUCUUCCCCAGGACCUACCGCCUUCUGUCCUUGUGGUGGAACUAGAAGAGAAUGGAGGCGCUCGACCUCUGGUCUUGCCCACGUCCACACUGCUGCGGACGACCCCAGCCACGGCAGAUAGCAAAGAGAGGGUCAGCACUGGGACCAAGUUUGCCCUCAGGCUCUGGCUACAGCAUCUGGGCAGGUAGAGCUGGGAUAGCAGCUGAGGUGACAGGACAGUGCUUCUUCGUCGGGGGCAGGUCCUCCUCGUCUGAUGAGCUUUCUAUUGUCAAGUCAAUAACUUCAACCUUCUUCUUAUUCUCUGAUGGAUUGCCCUCUUGGACUGGGCUAUACUGGAGGCCUGUGGUUGAUAAGAAGACUGCGUCUCAGAGAAGAGGCCAUACAAGACUUAGCUCAACUGGGGGACAGGGGGUCACUCACCAUCCAGCCCAUACCCUGGCGGGGGGCAAACCUCAGAUGCCUCCUUCUUGGGUUUCAUUGGGCACCAGGAUCCAUCUUCCAUGAACUGGAUCUCAUCACAAUCCGAGCAGGAAUUAAGAAUCUCCAUGAAUAAACUAGGGGAGGGGAGAGAUGGGAAUUCAUGUGGCUGGGAGAUGGCUGCAACAGUAGCCAGGGAGUUCUGGGACUCACCUUCCUGAACCUCAGUUUCCUCAUCUGUAAAUUAGGGAUGUUAUCCACCCUCCUGACCUCUCUGAGUUGUUGGAAUCAAAUAAAGUAAGGUGCAUAA